AUGUCUUUCCACAAAUCCUGCGACCUUGUUCGGAUCGAAGUCCGCGGCGACGGCACCUGGCUUCUUGCCGCCGCCGGGAAUGGCCAUGGCGAAAACAUUCCCUCUCAGCUGAGACUUGACGACCACAUCGGCAACUCGGAUGGUUACUUUAGUUGGCAAGGACACCGAUUUACCCAGACCGCCAAGAACAUCCAAUUGAGUUUCCGGAAUGAUGGUGUUUGGUUGGAGGCGGAUAUCAGCGAAGUCAAUGGCGGAGAAAGAGGGCGCCAGGGGAUCAAUCUAUCCGACCAUAUCGAGAACCGUGGGGGCAAACUUGUGUUUGUUGGACUAUGA